GGAAUGCAGUUUCACAAAACAGCUCAACCCCACUGAUAGUGAACGGUGUUCUGGGGGAGUCAGUAACUCUUCACCCGAAGUUUCCUGCAAAAGAGAUGGUUGAGGCCAUUACUUGGCUUUACAAUGGAAAGUCUAUUGCCUUCAUAAAGGCAAGUGGAGCAGGAAGUCCACUAAUUCAGGUGACUGAUCCAAAGAGGAGAGAACGAAUGAACUUCACCCAGUCUUACUCCUUGCAGCUCAGCAACCUGACAAUGGCAGACACAGGAUCCUAUGAUGCCCAGAUAACCACAGAGACCUCUACAUUGCUCUCCACUUACAUUCUGAAGAUCUUCAGCUCUCUUCACUUGUCCACUCAGCAAACCCAGGGUCCUGAGUUCACGAGGAAUGUGGAAUACUCUUCAGUGUCUCCAGAGAACACUGUGUAUGCUUGGGUCACUCAUCCAAAUAAGGACAGGGAGAUCCGAACGUGUAUGAAAAAGGACGAUUCUGUCACAAUUUACUCCACAGUUAAUCAUUUCAAAGAGAGUAAACCCAUUUAUCCCCGGGCAACUGCCCUUGACAACGUCAUGUAA